UAGAAAGAGAUGGAGAAUGUAGAGCACAGAAUAGUAGAAGUAAAUGGCAUUAAAAUGCAUGUUGCAGAGAAAGGAGAAGGUCCAGUGGUGUUGAUGUUGCACGGUUUCCCUGAGCUAUGGUACUCUUGGCGCCAUCAGAUUCUGGAUUUGAGCUCCAAGGGUUACCGUGCAGUGGCCCCUGAUCUUCGGGGCUACGGUGACACUGAAGCUCCAGAAUCAGUGACCAACUACACCUGUUUUCACCUUGUGGGUGAUAUCAUUGCACUCAUUGACUCUCUAGGGGUGGACAAAGUGUACCUUGUCGGACAUGAUUGGGGUGCAAUCAUCGGUUGGUAUGUUUGCAUGUUCCGACCAGAAAGAGUCAAGGCCUAUGUUUGUCUUAGUGUUCCAUUCCGACCCUUCCUUGGAAGAGACCCCAAAAUCAACAACUAUGAUGCUUUUCAUGCCAAAUAUGGAGAUGACUACUAUGUGUGCAGAUUUCAGGAACCUGGAAAAGCGGAAGCCGAAUUGGCUGAAGUAGGCGUUGCCUAUUUUUUGCGUAACAUGAUGACAACGAGGAAACCCGGUCCUCCAAUUUUCCCAAAAGGAGAGUAUGGAACUGGAUUCAAUCCGGAUAUGCCAGAUAUCUUACCAUCUUGGCUUUCCGAAGAAGAUCUUGAUUAUUAUGUUACUAAAUUCAACAAAACUGGCUUCACUGGAGGGUUGAACUACUAUAGAAAUUUGAGCUUGAACUGGGAGCUAACAUCACCAUGGAGUGAAGUAGGAGUGGUGAAUGUACCGGUGAAGUACAUUACAGGUGAUUGUGGUUUGGUAUACACUACGCCGAGUAUGAAGGAAUAUAUCCUCGAUGGUGGUUUCAAGAAAGAUGUUCCAGGUUUGGAGGAAGUGGUUGUGCAGGAAGGGAUAGCACACUUCAACAACCAAGAAGCAGCACAAGACAUCAGCAAUCACAUUUAUGACUUUAUUCAGAAGUUCUGAUCCACAAGUACUUAAUGGUGGAACCGUUCUCGCUAAUUAAAGUUCAGUUGAAAGAAACUUUAAUAUUGGCAAGCUAUUUUAUAAAUGUUGAAUUUGUAAGUCCUUUGUUUGUUCUGAGCUUCAUUUGUGUACUCUUGUUUGUUCCAUCUAUUUAAUAAAAUAAAAGUUGUUCUCAGUUAA